ACGGCCUUCCAAAAAAAGAAAAAGUGAAAAAAAAAAUUGAAAAACGUAUUAUACAAAUACUGAAAGUUUAAGAAACCCUUCUCAGGCAAGAAAGAGACAAAAGCCAGAGAGGCAACUGGAACUGAACUGGAACUAAAACUAAACCAAAAACCCUUCGAGCUUCAGAAAUCCAAAUGUUUUCGGGACUAACAAAUCAAUUCACCUCAUUGGUGGGUGCUGUCAAGGGUGGAGCAGGCGACGAGGAUGUACCAGCUCCAACUGGAGAUGCUGCCACAUCUGCUGCCCCUUCUACAUCAGCCGAGACUGCACCAGCGGCAAUAGAACAGGACUCAUCUGCAGUUGCAGCUGGUGCUGAAGGUCUAGAGGGCGAAGAAGCUGGCAAGAGAAUUCCAAAAUCAUCAUCUCUGGUAGAUUCAUUUGUCAGUGAAGCCAAUGGUUGGUUGGGCAGUGCCAAGGGCUGGCUAGGAAAUGCCUCGAUUCCUUCAAUGCCAGCAAUGCCGGCCAUGCCAUCAAUGCCCUCAAUGCCAGCAAUGCCAUCCAUUCCAUCAAUACCUGGUCUGCGCAAAACUGGAGCUGGAGCUGAGGGUGCCGUUGAGGGAGCCGAGGGAACCGGUGAAAGUUUAGCCGCCGGAGGCGGAGCUGUGAGUGGUGGCGACGAAGACGACAAAUCGAGGUAUAUUAGUGCUACAGAGGGCGCUGAUUCGCAUCCAGCAUCGGGCGGCGGUACACCCACCGGCGAAGAGGGUCAAAUUGGACACGGUAAGGACGAUGAAAUUAAAAUUACCACAAAAGUAACACAACAGGCCAAGCAUUUUGGUUCGUUCUUGUCAUCGGCUAUAAGCAAAGCUGGCAGUAAAAUCAAGGAAACAGUUAAGGACAAUACCAUACUGGAUUCGUUCAAUAAAGAGCAAGAAGCAUUUAUUAAGGGACAAGGUGGUGCUGGCAAUGGUGCAGCCCCAUGGAUAGGUCAUGCCAAUGAAUCCAAAAUUAAGGAAGAAAUUUUGGGCCUAUCGCAAGAUCGCCGUAAUUUUGUUCGUGCACCGCCAGCUGGCGUGGACUUUGAGUUUAGUUAUGAUUCUGCUUACCCAACAGCCAUAGCUAUUAUGGCCGAGGACAAGGCGCUAGAAACAAUGCGUUUCGAAUUGGUGCCCAAAAUUAUUACUGAGGAGAACUUUUGGCGAAACUAUUUCUAUCGCGUCUCACUGAUCAUUCAGGCUGCCGAAUUGGGCACUCUAGGAGCCGAUGGAGUAGGUCAGGCCUCUAGUGGUGAAGAUGAAACAAAAAAACAAAAUUCCGACAAUAGUCCAGAUAUGAAUAAAAAAUCGGCGGUUAUAUCUCCUGUUGAUGAUGUCAAGCCGUCAAAGUCGGAUAUAACAACGGCAGAAACCGCUGCAAAUGACGGUACUUUUGGCGAUCAGGCCAAAACAGAAAUUAUAUCAAAAGAUCUCAGUGGAAAAAUCUCAGAGUCUGAAUUUGUUUCGGAUGAGUUUCAGUCCACCAAUGAAACCGAUUUGGCUGAAAUUAAAGAUGGCAUGCGUAAACUGGGCAUAGACAGCAUGACUCAGCCUCAAAUUGUCCCUAAAUCCAAUGAUGAAGAACAAUGGGAAAAGGAUUUGGAAGCUGAACUCAAAGACUAUGAAGUGGUCGACGAAGGAGGAACUGACGGAACUGGCCGAAGAAAACGAGAUGGUAAAGAUGAUGCAGAUGUUGAUGAGGAUGAUGAACCGACAAUAUCAAAUUUGCGCACACGUUCGACUAACAACGAUUGGGAGGAAUAUGCCGAUUUAAUUGAGGAUACCGAUGAUUUAAAAACUUUGAAAUGCCUAAAGCGCACCAUGUUGGGCUAUCCAUGAGAAAAAUCGGCAUAUUUAAAAAAAAAAUGUGUUGAAGGGCGUUAUAUUUAGUUACCUUAAAACAUGAUAUAAGACACUAAAAAAAAAUCCUUAAAUGUAUUUUAUACCGUAAUCGAUCGGAGAAAUCUGAGGAAUAUCGUUAACCUUGUCCUUUUCUAGUUUGUUAUUGUGGGUAGUCGGGAUUACUCGCCAAUUGUUCAGCACACGAAAUUUAUAUACAAUAUAUAUAUACUUGGCAGUCAGUGAAGUCUACAAAAAACAAAGAAAAGCGUAUUAAGAAUAACAUGACAUAGCUUGAAAGGGAUACAUUUUGUUAUUUAUAUAUAUAUAUAUAUACAUAUAAAUUAAUGCAUUUGAAUUUAAUGUGUAAAAACUAUUAUAACGAUUUAGACACACAAUUAUAU